ACGGGCUUCUUCUAGGAGUGCGGAAGCGAGGCUGGCGCCGCUGGGUCCCGGAUCCGGUGGCUUAAGCGGGCAUGAAGAUCACCAGGCAGAAACACGCCAAGAAGCAUCUGGGCUUCUUCCGUAACAAUUUCGGAGUCCGCGAGCCCUACCAGAUCCUUCUGGAUGGCACUUUCUGCCAGGCGGCGCUGCGGGGCCGCAUCCAGCUGCGGGACCAGCUGCCCCGCUACCUCAUGGGGGAGACCCAGCUGUGCACCACGAGAUGUGUGUUAAAGGAGUUAGAAACACUGGGAAAGGAAUUAUAUGGAGCAAAACUGAUCGCACAGAAAUGCCAGGUUCGAAAUUGUCGUCAUUUCAAGAGUGCAGUGAGUGGAUCAGAAUGUCUCCUGUCCAUGGUGGAGGAGGGAAAUCCUCAUCAUUAUUUUGUGGCAACACAGGAUCAGAAUUUAUCUGUGAAAGUAAAGAAGAGUCCCGGAAUUCCCCUGAUGUUCAUUAUUCAGAACACUAUAGUCUUGGACAAGCCUUCUCCCAGAACAGUGGCCUUUGUGAAGGCGGUGGAGUCAGGCCAGCUGGUCUCCCUGCAUGAGAAACAGAGUAUCAAGCAGCUAAAGGAGGAACAAGGCCUGGUGAGGAACCCUGAGCAGAGGAGGAGGAGGAGAAAGAAGGUGGGCGGCCCCAAUCCUCUCAGCUGCUUGAAGAAGAAGAAGAAAGCACAGGACACAAAGUUGCCUGCUUCAGAAAAGAAGAAGAGAAGGAAAAGAAUCCGAAACAGAUCGACCCCAAAAGCCCUGUCGGAGCAGCAGGGUGUGGAAGGAUGAUGCGUGCUGUGGAUGUUCUGGAAGGCAGUGGGAAAACUGAUGGACUUCUAAAACUGUCAAAGUGUUUACAGCAAAGGACUAAACUUAGUUUUGUAAAUUAAUACUGUCACAUAUACUUUUGCCUAAAAUUAAAGAUGGUUGCGUUUCUUUAUCAGCAUUCAUCUUCA